GUCAUCAUCCCUCAUUGUCAUUUCACAGCUCGAGCAAGAGAUCAAGCAAAUCAAAAGGAAGCAUGGCAGCGGGCUUGCAAGUAUUUGGCCAGCCGGCAUCUACUGAUGUUGCCAGAGUUCUGACAUGCCUCUUUGAGAAGAAAUUGGAAUUUGAGCUUGUCCGCAUUGAUACAUUUAAGACACAUCACAAGCUUCCUGAGUUCAUUAGGCUGCGGGAUCCAAAUGGGCAAGUGACCUUGAAGCAUGGUGACAACACUCUCGUUCAUUCAAGGGAUAUAUGCCGGUAUGUCUGUAACCAGUUUCCAAAUGAUGGAAACAAGAGCCUUUAUGGAUCUGGGGCUCUAGAACGGGCAUCAAUAGAACAGUGGCUUCAGGCAGAAGCUCAAAACUUCGGCCCUCCCAGCUCUGCACUUGUCUUUCAGCUGGCAUUCGUUCCUCAUCUCAGCCAUCUGGGCGUUCGUCAGGACUAUGCUGUUAUUGCUGAAAAUGAGGAUAAACUGAAGCAGGUCCUCGAUGUUUAUGAUGAAAUACUCUCAAAGAAUGAAUACCUGGCUGGCGAUGAAUUCACCUUGGCUGACCUUUCUCACCUUCCAAACUCACAUUAUAUCGUGAAUACUGAGAGAGGAAGGAAGCUCUUCACUAACAAGAAGAACGUGGCAAAGUGGUACGAAAAAAUUUCAAAGCGCGAGGCAUGGGCGCAGGUCGCCAAGAUGCAGAAGGAGCAUCCCGGUGCAUUCGAGUAAUGGCUUAAUUUUGUGAGCAAGGAUCGACGAAUUUAUCUUCAAUGGCUUCAUUGUUUGUGUCAGUCUGCCUUCUAUGGUGCAGUAUUCUUUAGUAAUCCCAUUGUUUCACCCAUCAGUGUUGUCGUGUCAACCAAAAUAAUAUGGAGCCGUACAGUGAUGUAUGAUCAUUUUGUUCUGAAACGCAUUUACAUCCAUGUGUCCACUGAUCCCUGAUUAAUAAAAUUGUCCGUUUGUCCUA